AGUGGGCCCCACCCCUCGUCUUUUCAGUUUUCCCUGAUCUUUUUUUCUCCCUUUCCUUCUCGAACCCACCAAUUUUACCUUUUUUUUCCUUCAACCUUCUAUCAUUUUACGCUCCCCAACCCCCGGAACUUUCUAGAAGCAUCAAAACCCCUCUCUCUCUCUCUCUCUCUCUCUCUCUGUUAGCCGUCUGCUCGGUGCCUACCGGCCGGCAAUGUUUCGGUGGAUACUGCUUGAUUAGGUUGCGUGGCGUAGCUGCGCGAUAUCGUUCUUGUUUGUUUGGUUGGUGAGAACUUUCUCUCUCUCACUUUGUUCGCCGAAGAAAGAUAUCCGUUUUUCCCAGAGUUCAUGAAAAAUCAGAUUAAGCCAAAACGGCAAGUAGGGGCCUCUCUAGAAGGUUCGAGCGUUUUGGGCCUCGGAUCCGAAAUCGAAGGUCAUGGCACCAUUGCCGGUCGAACAGACUGGCGAUUCCGGACCGAUGCAGGGAUCGGGGGAGUCGCAGAGAUCUCUGCCUACUCCAUUCCUGAUCAAGACCUUCCAACUGGUGGACGACCCCGCCGUGGACGACCUCAUUUCCUGGAACGAAGACGGAUCCACCUUCAUAGUAUGGCGCCCCGCUGAGUUCGCCCGUGAUUUGCUACCGAAGUACUUUAAGCACAACAACUUCUCCAGCUUCGUUCGCCAACUCAACACUUACGGAUUUCGGAAAGUUGUCCCGGACAGAUGGGAAUUCGCAAAUGAUUGUUUCAAGAAAGGCGAGAAAGGGCUCCUCCGGGACAUUCAGCGCCGAAAGAUCUCUCCUUCGACGGUUUCUGCUGCUGCUGCUGCUUCAGCGGCGGCGACGGUGACCGUGGCGGCAGUUCCAGCAGUGGCGCGUACAGUGUCACCUUCAAAUUCCGCCGACGAGCAAGUGAUCUCCUCGAAUUCGUCUCCGGUGGCCCACGCCCCUGCGGCGUUGGUGCAACGUUGCUCGAGCUUCACCACCACGCCUGAGCUCUUGGAAGAGAAUGAGCGACUGAGGAAGGAGAACUCGCAGCUGAGUCACGAGCUUACUCAGCUGAGGGGCCUGUGCAAUAACAUAUUCUCUAUGAUGGCAAACUAUGCAUCCGGUCAAUCGAACGGUGGUGGUAGUGGUGGUGGUGGUGGUGGUGGUGUUUCCAUACCGGAGGGGAAGCCCCUAGAGCUUAUGCCGGCCAAGCAGGUUACAGUAACGGGGGAAAUGGCGUUGUGCAGUGGUGCCCACAAAGCGGACGAGGAGGUGGGAACGAUGCCAAGGCUGUUCGGGGUUUCAAUCGGUGUAAAGCGUGCGAGGAGGAACGAGGAGGCAGAGGAGGAGGAGGAGGAUAACGAUGAUGACGACGACGAUCUAGAGCAGGAAGAGAGGGAAGUUCAGAAUCGAGAAAUUUCGCAGGAGAAAGAGUCAGGGUCAGACGUGAAAUCAGAGCCGUUGGAUGGGAAUUCUGAGCAUAAGGAACCCUGGUUGCCGUUGGAACUUGGAAAACGACGAGACGAGAUAAGAUGAGCUGUGAGAGGGCUCACGUGACUAAAACCAAAGAUUAUGUUGCUGAUGUUGGUGGUGUUGAAGUUGUAACUGCGUGAAAUAGAUUUUACGUAAGAACUAAACAAAGAAGCAACGACCGAGCCAGCAGACAAGCUGUAGUUGCCUCUGGUAAAGUGUGAAAUAUGCCGAGAAAAGUCUCAGCGGCCAGUUUGAAGUUUGAGAUCCGCGGAUGGUGGAACAGCUAAGUUGAAAGAAGCACUGAGGGAGUGAAUGGGGAGAGUUGGGUCAUUAAAAAAGAAAGAUGAUCUGAAAAGGCGGUAAAAGAACUAUAACGAUUAACGAGUGCACAAAAAAGUACAAAGUCUUUUUUGUCAAAAAAAGGGUUGGGGCCUAUUUUGUUGGGUGUUGCCGGUACUGAAAGAGAAGGUGUACCGGCCAACAGGACGUCUAAAAGCAAUGUUCUCUGUUCCACAUGCGAAUGUAAUGUUAUCAACUCCAGACUCCAAACAUUGGGUAGUA